AUGCUCCACCGCUCGGCAGCGCGGCCCUCGGCCCCGCGGCUCCCGGGUCGCAUUGCAAAGAGCGAACGGAAGGCGCAGGAGGCCCUGCAGGAGCGGUACCGGCUGGGCUCGCUGCUGGGGUGCGGCGGAUUUGGCAGCGUCUUCGCAGCAACGCGGCUCUCGGACGGCGCCCCGGUCGCCAUCAAAAAGGUGCCACGGAACCGCAUCUGGCACUGGAGUGAGCUGAUCCAGCUGCUGGAGUGGCUUGAGCUCCCCAGCGACAUUGUGAUGGUGCUGGAGCGGCCAGAGCAGUCUCAGGACCUCCUGCAUUUCAUUCGGGCACGGGGGUUCCUGCGCGAGGAGGUGGCGCGGCAGCUGUUCCGCCAGGUGCUGGAGGCCGUGCGGCACUGCACCAGCUGCGGGGUCCUGCACCGCGAUAUCAAACCAGAGAACAUCCUGGUUGACCUGGCCACCGGGCAGGCCAAAUUGAUUGACUUUGGCUGUGGCACCUACCUGCAAGAGACAGCCUACACUCACUUUGCAGGAACACCAUUAUACAGCCCCCCGGAAUGGACCCGCUUUGGCUGGUACCAUGGUGAGCCAGCUACCAUCUGGUCCCUGGGCAUCCUGCUGCACGAGAUGGUCUGCGGGAAGAUGCCUUUCAGGAGGGGCUGGAACUUCAGCUGGGGCCUGCUCUCACUGCCACAACGGCUCUCUCCAGAGUGCCAAAAUCUGAUUGGGUGGUGUUUAUCCAUGCACCCCUUGGCCAGACCCUCAUUAGAAGAGGUGUUCUGUCAUCCUUGGAUGCAGGAUAUUGAUCUGCCCUAGAAGAAGGGAGAGAGCCACAGGCACACUGUGCUGCAGAGCCCUGGGAAGGAGAAGGAGCGCCCAGAGAAGCUGUACCGGGUGGGGCUGCUGCUGCAGGAGACAGCGAGGAUGACAUCAAGGAUGACAUGAAGGAUGACAACCUCUUCCUCAACCUGGCCACCAGCAGUUGAAGGUGAUGCACUUUGAUUGUGGCACCUUCUUCAAAGCCAAACUCCACAGGGUAUUUGCA